GAGAUUGUUACGCAUCUCACCCGCACACAGCGGCUCGUUGGUUGUUGACAGCCGGCCUGUCAUGAACCGAAAUCGUAACUCAUUGACUGCCGCCAGUCACUCAGCGACGAACAUCAUGCCUUGCAGGGCGCUGCUCAAGACGUACAUCUACCGUUUCCACUACGGCGUGUUGCACUGUCACUGACAUUCAGUCACUCACACAUGUAUAUGUUUCUGAUGCAGAACCAUUUCUGCCUGGCUGGUCACUCAGAAACGCAACGACACUGCAUGCACGGCUCAUGUCCAACUUCGCGCGUCACUCUCAGAUGGACUGCGAGAGUGCAUCUUCAUGUGUGUGCUGACUGGUCGUUGAUCAGUCAGCCGACUCGUGUGGUCUUCCAGCCCUGGAGCAAAAACACACAGGCCGACCAAAGGGGCGUUGCUCUGCUCUGUACAUGUGCGCUGUGGUCUCCCCCGUGUGCAUACACUCACCCCCAGCUCAUCGAGCUUCGUUGCAAUGUAGUUGAGACGCUUCGCGUUGACCUGCACAAGAAGAGGCAGUGUCAAUCGACGGCAGUACAUGUAAGCGGGCAGGCCGUUGGGCGUGUGUGUGUCAGCUGUGUGUGCUGUUUGCGACGUACGCCGAGGUCAGAGUCGCCUGAAGACGCACAGACACACACACACACACAGAACAAUAUCGGUACGUGAAAUGAAUUGGCCAAGUGAGAGAGCGUGUUUGUGUGGUUGGUGACCUUGUCUCGACGCAGACCGGACCAACACCUUGCCGCCAUCCUGGCCAGAUGCAAUCGAUGUCACAUACACGACAUGCACAUCCAUCAUGUGGGUGUAAGGUGUAUCUGUCGGUCGGCGGCCGGCGGGUGCCCACCUUGACAGCGAACUCGAGGUCGUCAAUAAAACCUGCGUGAAGACCGACACACCCACACGCAGCAAAGGCCAUUUCCACUCCCCAAUCAAUGAAUGCUAUCAUCGUUGACUGCCGACCGAAGAGGCUGGAUUCUGCCUGUGCGUAGAUGUAGUCGCCCUUGGUGCUGACGACCUUCAGCCCGCCGCCAUCAAUGCCGUUCUGGCCAGCGGGAUAGCUCUCCAGCACCUGGUUACAAGAAGGAAAACCAUUCAUGAUUCCUCAGACCUCGUCAGGAUACGCUUCACAUCGGGAGUGAGUGAGCACCUUUUUGAUGUCGGCCAUGGCUGCCUCCUUGCUCUUGGAGAACUCCAAAGGAGGGUAGCUGCAGUGCACAACAAGGGCGAAGCAAAGGUGGGUGAGCCAGCAGCAGACCUCUCUAGUGUGCGUGAGUAUGUGUCUUUCUGCCCCAUACUUACUAGUGGGUCGAGUCGGAUGGCGACACCGAACUGCACACAGACUCACGCAGAUCCAUGCACAGAGCCUCCUCUCUGGUGUGUUCAGGUGUGUGUGUCUUCGUGAGUCGCCAUACCUGGAAAGGCAGUUGGGGUUGGUGGGGCAGAUCUUAAGAGAGCCGUCAGAGCGCACGCCGAGACUGCACGCACGGGCAGUGGUAUUCAUCCCUCGCGCACCUGUGUGCCUGUCUGUCUUCGUGUGAGUGUCUUGCCGCCUCACUCACUCUGUCGGCUGGGUGCCAGGGGACUGCAGAAACGGCACCGCCGCAUCCGCCGACUUAACAAAACCUGCACACAUCACAGAUGGACACAAAUACACAGACAAACAGGCAGAUAUGGACCGAACUCACACAACCCCAUCUGGUGCAGCCUACCUGCCACAAAAGGCGUCAAUGAUGCUGCCACGGACAGGGCGCGGGAAAAUGCCACUCGACGGGACGUUGCGUCGUCCUGCGAUGCCAUGUGGAGAGGGGAGAAACGUUGACGAACAUUCGCAUGAGUCAGGCGGGAUGUCGGCACGUGAAAGGCCAACGUUGCAGUGACUGCCACCAGGGAGAGGACAGUGAAUAGCUUCAUUGAGCCAGCCAAACACGAAAAAAAGAACCCCUUGCUGGGGCGAGCUUGUAAGUCAAUCCCUCAUCCCCUUCCGAAGCUUCCGAGGUUCCCAGGUACACAAGCACC